CCCGGAAGCUCACGGAGCCAUUGGGGUCCAAAGGCCUUUUCAGCUCGUUUCUACUUCUCGACGCUCUUUUCAUUUCUCCUGUAUUUAUUUUAAUGGAGUCUUAAUACAUGUCGUUCCUCCUAGCCUGAAUCCGCUCCUUUACCAUCUCUCUGUCGCAAUGGUUUCCAAAUUCAGGGACGGGGACACGGUCCUCUCCAUUAAUGGAAAAUGGGUCUCUUGGGCACAUACAGCUGUGGCCUAUUCGGCCUUCGUCGGCGCCUUGAUUGUCGGAUUGUCUCUUCACUUCCAUAAGAUUGUUGAAAACGAGUACUACGGAUACCCUCAGGAAUGGUUUCCAUCUGUCUCUGCCACCAUCGGCGAUCGCUACCCCGAGCGAUCAGUUUUUCAGGUGUUCAUUGCGAUUACAUCCGGUCCUCGAUUCGCCCUCGUGUUCCUGUGGUAUCUCCUGACCUCUCGGCCCAACUCCUCGCUCCCCAAGAUUGUCGCUGGCACGGGGCUCUUCAGAACCUUGACAUGCGGCGGCUGGACCUACGUUACGUCGACCGACGACCACGAUUGGCACGAUAUCUUUAUGAUUUCAUACCUCAUAGCCACGCUCCCGUGGACGCUGGGGUGCCUCGCGCUUAGUCCAAACAACCAAAGGGCCCUGAAAUAUCGCAAGAUGCUUGCCGGUCUCUUUUUCGGUACUCUCGUUCCUUUAGUCUAUUAUUUCAUUCAGCAUAAAGUUCACAAGGUCCCCGGCGCAUACACUAAAUAUGCUUUCUUCGAAUGGUCGCUCAUCCUGUUCGAUGUUGGAUUCGAUGCGGUGACUGCCCUUGACUUUGAAGGUUUUGAGCUUGUAGUCAAAGAUGUCAAAGGUGUAAGCAGAGGAUCUACCAAAACAGCCAGAGAUGCCGUGCUCGAAGAACAAAAGGAUAUUUCAGUUCGACAGUCCCUUGGCGAGGGCUUCCUAUUUUCCGAGGCCAUUGACGCUGCAGCGGACGUCUAUAAUGGGUUCGUGUUCUGGUCUAUCCUUACAUCCCUUGGUGUCUUGGUGUGGUAUUUCCCCUUGUGGAAAAUGGGCAUAUCAGGCUAUGAAGCCCUUGUGAUGAGCACCAUUUCACCAUUUUUGCUGGCCAUUCCUUCGUUGCGAUCGUUUGCGAUGAGAAGCCCCAGGGUUCUACAUCUGUUAACUCUCUCUGGCCUUCUUGCAUACCUUGCCCGUAAUCCAGCUUACCGGCUUUUCAUUGUUGGAUUUGCCGUGUCCAUGGGUUGCCUGGCAUGGAGCGCGACAUGGUAUUCGGAACGUACCCAACCGGCGCGUCUGGAGGCUCGAAUCGUCGCCUGGACUGUUGGAUUGCUUGCAUCUAGCGUUGCCAAGUAUGCCUUCCACACUAAUAAUCCAGUAUGGCCCAUUCUUCAUCCUGGAAACGGUGGAUGGAAUAAAACUGCAUUUGUGCUUGCUGUGCUUUCAGUAUUGCGAUCGACUCGGCCCAAGAAUACCGUUGAUUAUUUUUCGUCGAACGGGAAGAAGGGGCCGUCUCUCCUCGCCGCCCUGGGCCUCGGCGGCCUCUUUUUCGCUAUGCACUCACUUCUGUCGGACUCUAGCACCAUGAUAUCCUGGGUGUGGGAGGGAUUCCCAAUCAGAGGCCCAAUUGCAGUGCCACACGGCUCUAUUACUAUCCUCACCAUGGGAGUUGGCGUAAUCCUAGGCUUGUCUUAUCCUCGUCUGUCUGGCAGUUGGACCGCUUUCGGCCUAGGCUCGCUCGGUGCGGCCAUGUUGACCUGUUACUCCCAUUGGCGAGGCUUCUACGGAGCGAUUACUCUAUCCACGUACCUUAUGGCUGUCGCGCCGGUCCUGAUUAAGUCUGCUGUCAGGCAUUCUCCUGCGAUGACCUUUGGUCUCGGGUUCCUUAUUUACAAUUUCAUGGUCCUCUUCCAUGUCUGGGUGGUCGCAUAUGCCUUUGUUCCAGGAGGCCCGCUUGUACGAGAGCAUACGGAUUGGGUCAUGGCUACCACAAUGCUUCUCAUCGGAGCAGGAGUUUUCUCGGCUUCAGUUUCAAACUCGUCACCUUAUAAGAACAAGAAAGCGACUUCUUCCAACAAAAAGCAACGGUCGUACUACUAUUAUGUUGUCGCCGUCUUGCAGAUAGUUUCCAUCGCUACGUCUUUUAUGCGGUUUCCAACAAAUGACUAUACCCCCCACCAUAAGGACGAGAAACUCGUUACUGCAGGAAUCUGGACUGUCCAUUUCUCUCUGGACAACGCUAUGUGGUCGUCAGAGAAGCGCAUGCGUGAUCUGAUUAAGGAGUUGGAACUCGAUGUUGUAGGCUUGCUGGAAUCCGACCUUCAAAGGAUUAUCAUGGGCAAUAGAGAUACAACCCAGUAUCUUGCCGAAGACCUAGGGAUGUAUGUUGAUUACGGACCCGGUCCCAACAAACACACGUGGGGAUGCGCCCUGCUAUCCAAGUUCCCUAUUCUUAAUUCGACCCAUCAUCUGUUACCUUCCCCAGUCGGCGAGCUUGCGCCAGCCAUCCAUGCCACUUUAGAUAUGUAUGGAGAACUUGUCGACGUCGUCGUUUUCCAUUCCGGCCAAGAAGAGGACCCCGAGGACCGAAGGCUCCAAACAGAGUACUUGUCCAAGUUGAUGGGAGAGUCACCGAGACCGCUGAUUCUACUCAGCUAUCUCGUCACCAAACCACUGGAAGGUAAUUACAAAACUUAUGUUAGUGAACUCAGUGGAAUGAAGGAUAUCGACGCCAGCGAUUGGGACCGGUGGUGCGAGUAUAUUCUCUACAAAAACAUUCGCAGGGUUGGAUACGCCAGAGUGAGCCGCGACACCAUUACGGAUACCGAGCUACAGGUCGGAAAGUUUGUCGUCGGGCAGCCAGAAGGCACGAGCGAGCGAAUUCCCGAAGAACAAGUCCCCGUUGGAAUGCGGUUCCCUGCAAUGUUCCGUGACCAAGGUGUCCGUGGGCAUCGGUAUCACGUUUUCGAUGAGCCAAGAUACUAUAAUUAG